GGAAGCAAACUUCAACAGUUCCGUGGCCUUGAGUCCUGAGCUGUACAAAAGGCAGAAGGAAAGAAGGAAGGAAGGAAGGAAGGAAGGAAGGAAGGAAGGAAGGAAGGAAGGAAAGAAGCAGGAACCCUGGGCCUUCAGCUUCCUGCCUAUGGAUUCAAGGUGAGCAGUGCUCUCAAGCUCCAGCUGUCAAGACCCCCACCACAGUGGACCAAGCUGUCCUAACUCCCGCUCCCGCCUGUCGCUCUGGAGAUGGCCUUGCAUCUUCUUCUCCUCUUUGGGGCAUUCUGGGUCCAGGUGGUGAGCCCAGACAGUCUGCAGAGGACGACGAUGUUGCCAUCUACCCAACAUAUCGCAGCCCCAAAUACCUCUGAAGCCGAGAGUGCCAGCCCAUCAAUUUCUGUGGGGUCAGAGACAGUGGACCCGAAGGAGACCAUCAGCCCCUGGGGGCAGACCACAACCCCAGUUUCUUUGACCUCCUUGGAAACUACUGAAUUGUCUUCUUUGGGGACUUCUGCUGGUGCCAGCAUGAGCACCCCUGUACCUGAGCCUACUGCCUCUCAGGAAGUUUCCAGCAAGACAUCAGCACUGCUUCCAGAACCAUCAAAUGUAGCCAGUGACCCUCCUGUCACUGCAGCCAAUCCUGUGACAGACGGAACUGCAACAUCUACAUCUAUUUCUAAAGGAACCAGUGCAUCCCCCACCACUGUGACAACAAGCUCUGCGGAGACCAGUGGACCCUCUGUGGCUACAACAGUAAGCUCCAAGACCAGUGGUCCCCCUGUCACCAUGGCUACUGGGUCUCUGGGGCCCUCCAGUGAGCCGCAUGGACUCCCUGCUACCACAGCAACCAGUUCUGUGGAGAGUUCCAGUGUGGCCCGUGGCACCUCAGUCUCCAGCAUAAAAACAUCCACGACGUCUACCCAAGGUCCCAUAACCACCAGGUUGCCAAGCCAAGGAUCAAGUAACAUGUUACUGGUGCCCAUGCUUAUUGCCUUGAUAGUGGUUUUGGCUCUCGUGGCGCUACUGCUGUUGUGGCGCCAGAGGCAAAAGCGGAGGACUGGGGCCCUGACCCUGAGCGGAGGAGGAAAACGAAACGGGGUGGUGGAUGCCUGGGCUGGGCCAGCCCGAGUUCCUGAUGAAGAGGCCACAACCGCAUCAGGGCCAGGGGGCAACAAGGGCUCUGAGGUACUGGAGACAGAAGGCUCCGGGCAGAGACCCACGCUCACUACGUUCUUCAGCAGACGGAAGUCUCGCCAGGGCUCUUUAGUACUAGAAGAGCUGAAGCCUGGGUCGGGUCCCAACCUGAAGGGGGAGGAAGAGCCGCUUGUGGGCAGUGAGGAUGAAGCUGUGGAAACCCCAACUUCUGACGGGCCACAAGCUAAAGAUGAGGCCGCACCUCAAUCUCUAUGAGCAACAGGUAUUCACCCAAUCUGCUACUUAACCCCGGAUCCUGCUGUUAGCUGCCGCACACUCUGCAUUUGUGAAUAUUUGUGGACCAAAUCCAUCCACCCAUCCAUCCAUGCAUUCAUUUACACACACACCCGCAACCCCCCAGCCCCGCUGUCUCCCACCUCCCCUUCCUCUGUGCUUCCUUUGGAACCAAUUGCUGAAUCGCCAUGAGGAUAAUCUUAGUGAACCCACGUUUUCCCCGAGGAUCCCCCUUGGAAUUCUGGGAUCCAACAGGCCAGAAAACUCCCUAGGAUGAAGCUGUGAAGCCCAUGCACUCACGCCCUCCUCAAUAGGGGCCCCUUCAGGAAUGCCUCUCAACUACCAUUUGCUUUGGGGCCAGCUUAGAGCCUGGAUGGCAACAUCCAGCUUGCUCUUGGGUGAACUGUGACCUGUGACUUUUCCCAGAGCACUCUGAUUUGGGGCUGGCUGGAAGCUGCUGGGGGGAGCCUGCCAGAGAUCCAUCACUUCUCCUUGAGUUAGGGAUGUGGAGAGUUUCUGGCUUCAUGUAGUCCCGCACCUACUGUGUCCACUCAGAAGUAUGGUUUGUGUGCAAGAUAGGACAAUUUGGGUGAUGGUUGCAAACAGUACUGGUGAAUAUAGACCAUGGGAGAAAGCAGGGCAGAGGCUGGUGAGUUCCAAAAGGAGGGACCCAGGAGCUGUACCCUGUCUGCUGAAAAUCUAAGUGUGUCUGCAGCCCCCAGAAGAAUGCAAAUGUGAUGGGGAUUAAAUGUGCCAUCAAGUGUGCGUUCUUCAGCUAAGCUGCCAUAUCCUUCCCUCAGAGGUUCCCUCACACCAGCUCUCACCACGCCCACACCGUGCACACACCAGUAGGCACACAUGCAAGAGCAGGAGAGGAGUCAGGCCAGUGCGGUGACUGGGUGGUGCAAACCACUGGUGUUGAUGCUUUCCUCUACAGGGUCAGUUGUCUGUUAUUCUCUUCCAUCCCAAGGCUGAAGUCUUCCCUUGUCUCAGGGUAAUAAGAGAGAGUUAAAUGAAAGACAGGCCCAAGAGGUGGGACAUGGUUGCCAGAGAGUCCCUAAGGGUCUGAGGUACAGAGAGGGGACAGGCCACAAUUGUGCUGCCUCUGACCCCACCAGCCUCUGAUACCAGCCGGGCACGUGGUCCAAAGGUGGCUGCUGGAGGAGAUUUGCAAGAGGAAGCUGUUGAGUCAGAGGGCCCUGCCCUUGAGAACAGACUGACCUACAGAAAGAGAUGUGUGCGUGCGAUUGUGUGUGGCCUGGAUGGGAAAGGGGAAGGGGAGGAGAUGGCUCAAUGCUUGAGAGCACUGGCUGCUCUU